CUUUAGACAAGCAGAAAAUACAUAUUAUUUUACGCAAUGGUAGGUUGGGUACCACACACAUAAAGACUUUUUUUUUUCAUGUAUCGUGCUUGCUACAAUCUAUUAAUGGGGUGGUAUACGAUACCUCCCUAAGCAAGGCUUUAGACAAGCAGAAAGGACAUAUUAAUUCACGCAAUGAUUGAAGUUGGGUACCACACACAUAAAUUGGCACUGAAUUGAUAUUGCGGAUCAUAUAUGGAUUUGAGUUGGAUUAUAUAUGGAUUAUUGAACAUUGGAAUACUGAAAAAUGGAAACUACGUCGGAUAUUAUGGAUUACAAUUUGGAUAAUAAUGAUUGUAAAAUUUUUUUUCCCCAUUUUAUGAUUAUUACUGUAUCACAUUUAACACAUUUGUGAGCGUUUGAAAAAAAAAAAAAAAAGUUUGGUUUCGCUGGCGGUUUACUAAGAUGGAUGUUUGGUUCUGCUAGAGUUCCAGUUUAUUGGCAAGGUCCAUUGUCACUAUCUCAAAAAAAGCCAAGGCUGCCUGUUGUUGUGUUUUCUCAUGGACUUGGUGCAAACAGAACUGUCUAUAGCUACACUGCAUAUGUAAUAGCUUCUCAUGGUUUCUUUGUAGCAGCUAUUGAGCAUCGUGAUGAAUCUGCCUCAAAUACUUUCUAUCUUGAAAAAACAAACUCUGGAGAUGAGAAGUACGAUAAAGUUUGGUUACCAUACAAGCGUGUCCAACCUGCAACAACAGAAGAGAGAGAACUACGAAACAAGCAAGUCCAUGAGCGAGCGAAAGAAAUUUCCAAACUGAUGGAUAGUAUAGAGUUAUUGAACGCUGGUACUUUGUCCAACAUCUUAUCAGAUUUUGAUUUGACUGUAUUCAAAGAUAAAAUUGAUAUUGACAAAGCAGCUGUCAUUGGUCACUCAUUUGGUGGUGCUACAAGUAUAACUUCACUGGUGAAAGAUCUCCGCUUCAAAGCUGGAAUCCCUCUAGAUGUAUGGAUGUAUUCCUUGGGACCUGAAGUUUAUAAGGCUAAUAUUGACACACCUCUGCUUUUUAUCGAAGUAUUCGAAAACUUGACUGUGAUGUAACUAAUACAGAAGCUGAACGUAAAUUGGUAACUUUGUGUGGUACUGUUCACCACACUCAAUGUGAUUUUGCCUUUUUGUUAAGUUCGGAAUGGCUAGCAAAGAUGAUAAGAUUCAGAGGACCUGCUGAUCCCAAAAAAGCAAAUGAUGUCAAUAUGAGACUUAUAUUGUGUUUUCUUAGAAAGCAUCUAAAAUUGUCCUUUGCCCAGGAUGAGGAGAUUGAACAAGUUGUGGCAGAGAAUCAGGGCUUGGUAAUAUCUGGCUCUAAUAUUGAAAUUGAUGAAGAGAGAUUGGAAAAAUCAAAAGCUAGCUUGAGAGCUGGAAUGUAGAAAUAACUAACUGUGGGGUGGAUGUGCAGCACUAAAAUAGGCUAUGCAGUAACUUAGUUGACUUUAACAUAAUUUACUUUUACUUUGCCUUAUUUGUUUUGUUUAUUAUUUUUAGUAAAUUAAAUGAUUUGAUAAUCGAAAGAUCAUCAAUAAUAUUAAAUCAUCUCAAUUCUGACAACAUGAUUAAUUUUUGGACUAGAUUUGCUCUAAAUUUGACAUAUUGAUCGAAUAUUAUGCUAUAUAUGAAAUCUAAUUACCUUCGAACCCCCAAUCUUUUUG